AUGCUGUCUCUACUGCUCUGUGUUGGCCUAGCCAAUGCUGCUGUCGUGCGUAAUUCCGGAUGUGAUUUCCACAUGAGCGCUGCCGGUUCUCACGGUGGACCUUUGGGCGAGCUCAAUGGUGGUCAGAUUCGAUUCGGCAAUAUUCCACAGACUACUUUUCACAUUGACGGUGACAAGAUUUGGGAUAGCAACGGCCAUGGCUGUUGGUGGACUCCUCCCACUCGAGUCCUUCAGUGUGAUACCAAUCAGCCACCUGACUCCGGAUUCAAAGUUGGCUGUGAUGGAAAGGUCUCUUACCACGGAAAGACCACCUUCUAUCAAUGUGAAACGGGCGAUGACGACCAGUACAACAUUUACCUUGGCCCCAACAACGGCAUCAACUGCGGCGAAGUUACACUGGCCGCCGACGGUUGUCACGCAAGAUGUCCUCCUCCUCCUCAGCCAGUCAAGAGCUGCCCUGCCAACCUCAACGGCUCCUAUGAGUUCCCUCACCUCAUCAUCCCUGUUGACGUCGCCCGCCACCCAAAGCACGACCUCGAACAACCAGCCUGGAAAGAAGACCGAGUACGGCAUUACUACUGUCGCUCCGGGAAACAGCUACACAAUCGCUUCGUUCCCCUGCCCAGCUGGUCAGGCUAUCGGUCUCGAAAUGAGCGACUGCGGUAA